AUGAUCGAAUUUACGACUUUUACCCCUGGACAGACGGAUAGCGUAUCCGGGAGACAACGCGGUCGCGGUCGAAUCAGUGUCAGUGGGGGUGGUGAUGCUCCGAAUGAUCCCGGAAUUAAUUUCGGUGGCGGAGCUGGAUAUUACCCUAGACUGCCGAGUUUUGCCCUUUUUAUUCCAGAUUUGGUUGGCUUGGACCUGCUGAAGGCUUGGGGUCGACACCCACAAUGGACAAUUUGGUUCCGGCAAUGGUUGUUGGGCGCGGUUGUAUCCACCGUUUUUGACCCCAUGCGUCCGCAUUCCGGACCAGGUUGA